AUGGCUCUUAGGCCCCCUCCAAUCUCCGGCUGGACAGUGGACGAGGUGGUGAAACGCCUAGCCCGCAGCUCGCCAGAUGUAUGGGACGCUAUGCCUGAGGAAACCGGUAGUCUCAAUGGCAUAUCACUGUCGCGAAAUCCUCCCUCAUCUGCUGGAGAUCUGGACAAGCUCUCAAGCGAAUCUCUGUUCCUGAUCAUGGAGAGUCUUGACUUCCAGAGUCUAUGCAGCUUCAUGGCAGCCUCCUUCCGCACCAAGGAGCUGGUAGAAUCGAUGGUUCCGUAUCAGGAUCUGCUAAAGUCCGCAUCCUCGACUUUGAUCGUUCUCGGAAAAGCAAACCUAGCCGGUCACCACAAGGUGCGGGAUUUGCAUUCCGCUCUGUUGUCAGAGGGCUGUGUGUCAUGUCGCCGCUUUGGCGCUUUUGUGUUCCUUCCUACUUGCGAACGCGCGUGCCUCAGCUGUCUGCAUCGUAAUAUGCGUUUUUGGGUCCUUUCGGUCAAGGAAGCCCAGGACGCCUACGGGAUACCGCAGAAGGAAGCACAGCAGCUUCCCGGCAUGAUGUCACUCCCGGUCGAACGGCGGCGAGGGCGACGGAGGAAGCUGGUCAGCGUGAGGCUCGCGCGGGACCUUGGUCUAAAGAUCCACGGUUCGCAGCAGAAGAUGACGAGCUGGGUCAUGCAGUCUGGCAAGAUGAAGAGCCAGCUCAACCUGUACAGCUGGUGGGCUGAAGCGGGGGAGAAGCUCCUCGACUGGAACACAGACGAUCCCCUCACCCCACCGAUGAGUUCGUAUUUCGGCUUUGCCUCGAUAAGAUUUCCACAUCUGUACCGUGACCAGACGGUGGAUCCUGGGUACUGGUGCGAAGGGUGCAGAUUCUGGAGGCAGCAGAUCAGCGAAUUGUCCAACUAUAGUCACGCGAUGGACUAUAUCUGUGCAACACCUGAGGAUGAGAAGGAGCUUGCCAGACGUCAUAAUGAGGAGUUACGGGAGUGGUCGAGAUCUGGGCUCAGGGAGCAUGUUCUCACUUGUCCUGGGGCUCAGGAGCUGGCAAGUCGUUCAGAAGAUUGA